CAUUCCAAGACUCCAAGCCGCAUUUAAUGACUCCUCACCCUCUUUACACUUCAAUGCAACUCUCCCUUCGCCACGCCCUCAUCUGCUGUCAUCAUGACCACCCUCGAGACGAUACUUAAGGCUCACUGUCUCUGCAACGCGUCUCACGUCUCCGUCGCCGUCCCCACGGCAUCACUCCCUCUCGCCGUGCACCUCUGCCACUGCAACACCUGCCGACGCACCCAUGGCUCACUGUGCGUCUUCCAUGCUUACAUCCCAGCCCCGACGGUCGAUCUCUCGACUCUGACGGCCUACGCGUCGUCGAAAGCCGUGAAGCGAUACUUCUGCACCACCUGCGGCACCCACAUGCUGGAUUACGACUGCAAAACUAACAAAUGGAACAUCUCAAUCAGCAUUGUUGAAGGAACUGAGAACCUUUGGGACUUCAGCAAGCACAUAUACCUUGAAGAUACGAAGGAUGGUGGGUUGAGCACUUGGCUGGGAGCUGUUGGGGGCAAAUCACUGCAAAAAUGGGCCGGAGCAGCUAUGCCAGACUCGACGUCCGAAUCUGGCGACUGGAAGGCGCCAGCUCCAGCUACGGCAGACGCCGCUCAGCCAAAAGAAGACAUCCUCCACGCCUCCUGCCACUGCGGCGGCGUCUCACUCAACAUUGCUCGUCCCACGCCCGCCUCGCGAGCUUUGCUUCCUCCUUCGCUCACACCCGCCGACCCUACCAAAUGGUAUGCCUCCAACGACGUCUGUACCACCUGCCGCUUCAGCUCCGGCAGCGCCAUCGUGUCCUGGAUCUAUCCUGCUGUCGACCGCAUCACUCUUGCCGACGGCUCGCCCUACCGGCCUGUCUUCGGGACGUUAAAGCAGUAUCGCUCCUCCCCGGAUGUCAGUAGGACCUUCUGUGGCGUCUGUGGGGCCAAAGUUGCGUAUCAUGUUGACGAUAGGCCGGAUAUGGUUGACGUGGCGGUGGGCGUGUUGGAUGCGGCGGACGGGGUGAGGGCGGAGUCGUGGUUGGAGUGGAGAGUUCAGAAUUUGUCGUUCGAGGAGGAUGUGAUUCAUCAUGCGCUGGUGAAUGGGUUGAAAGAGGGUUUGAAGACCUGGGCCGAAGAGAAAAAGGUUUGAGUGAGUCCUCUUGCGGUGUGAGGUCCUGCGAUGUGGUAAGUGUGUUGCCAUGAUCUUGGGCUGCGGAGGGCAAAUUAGAGAGUUUGGCUUUGAGAAUGAGAUGGGUGUUUGAAUCAGAAGGUCUAUCGAUGGGAU